ACUAGCCCCUCUGCACUCUACCGUACAUCAAUAUGCAACCUAGCUCAUCCAACCAGCACGCAUACCCGUCUGGACUUACCCCUGGCGCUCAGGAAGACGCGUCGGUCGGUGCCAGCCGGGGUAAAUUCAGAUUCAAGCUUUUCAAAUUGAGAAAGUCGCGAGCAAAGACGGUUCCCCCUCAAACCCCACAGCAAACGGCCUCCCUCCCUUCUCCAGUCGCUACCCCAGCCCCCAUCCUCGAUCCUCAGCGCGAUGUCAGCCUGCGAUUCUCGGUUUCUCCGACCCCCAUCUCCCUGCCGUCUCCUACUUGGAACAGGGACCUCUCGCAGGCGCCGUUGACGACACGAACACGAAAGCGGUACACAUUCUCCAAGGACCAUGCCUGAGCUGAUUAUUAAUCCUACUUGAAUAGAUGAGAAAGUGGAUAUAUGCGCACAUGAGACGCUUGUAUGCGCUUCAUAGGGGUAAUUAUAAUCGUAAUACCAUGAUGGCGUUCCAAAAAAGCGUGCAGAAUUGCGGAGAGUCUUCCCAAAGCCGG